UACUCUACUACUCACACGAUUUCUCGUCUGUCUGGUUUUGGUAGCCUCCACUUCUAGUUGGUUUUUUCUUCCAGAUUUUAUUGAACGAAUAUUCAUUAUUUGGACGCGUUUGAUUCGCAAUCAAUUUUUGGAGCGCUUAUUUGCCUUGCCGUGGAAUCGUCGGGUUGGUUGGAGGCAUGCGCACAGCUUGAGUUUGAGUUUACAGUGCCAGGCGAUCCGACAGCUGCUGCCCAUUUCAACAAAUUUGCGGCAAAUUUUUAGUACUGCAUGUAAAUGCGAGUCGAGCUUUGGUGGAACGUGAUUGAGCUGUCUAUUAGGCGAGGCAAGCUACACAGUUUGGAUGGGGGACAAACAUGAUGAUCUGGACUACCCAAGAAGUGAGAGAUCAUCGAGGCGUCAGCAAGCGCUGGCCGAGCAGAACUUGCUACGCAUACAACAGCAGCAAGCUCAACAGUUACAGCAGCAACAACAACGACGGCAGUAUACAUCUCAAGCAGCAAAGAAACCGCGCAAAGAAGAUGAUAGCACCACUUCCGAGCUGAGAAAUAUGCUGAUGAGCUUCAGGGUGUCUGAACUGCAGAUGCUCUUAGGUUAUGCUGGUCGAAACAAGUCUGGUCGAAAAACUGAACUGCAGGCGAGAGCGUUAGAUCUCCUUCGUCUUGGUUCUGAGCCCGUGUACAUGAAAAUUCGGGAACUCUUCAAAACCAUUCAAGAGUCUAUGGGAGAAGGUGAUCCUGCUACCAUGUAUCGACAAUCAGGCAUUCCGGAUCAGGGGCGUUUGUCGAGCCACAGUGCCAUGCAGCAUGCAACGUCGACGCAUGGGCACCCUGGACACCCAGGGCAUCCCGCGCAUGCCCACUCCGCCCACGUGCAGCACUCGACUGCACACAUGGCUGGCAUGUACGGCUCAGGGGUGUACGGAUCGCAGGCCUUGCAGCAACAGCACCAGCAGCAGGCACAAGCCAAUCGAAUGUACUCUCAAAUGUAUAAUCAGUCGAGUCGCUCACUUCAGCCGCAGCCUCCUGUCAAUGCUGUGCACAAGUUGCCUCACAAGAUGCCUGGUGCCCCUAUUGCCCCUAGUAUUUCUGCCAGUGUGCCUGGUUCCUACCCUAUUCACCCUGAUGUUAGAUUGAAAAAGUUACCAUUUUAUGAAAUGAUGGGAGAGUUGCUGAAACCUUCAACUCUGAUGCCACAAGGAAAUACCCGAGCUCAGGAAACAAACUUUGUUUUUCAUUUGACGCCUUUCCAAGCUACUGAAAUUGCCAUGUCUAAAGAUGUAGGACCCAAUUCCAAAAAUGAGUUCCUUGUCCAGGCUCAGAUGAGGUUUUGUUUGUUGGAAACUUCAUGUGAUCAGGAUGAUUGCUUUCCUCCUAGUAUCUUAGUAAAAGUUAAUGGAAAACAAUGCAGUCUUCCUAAUCCUAUUCCUACCAAUCGGCCUGGGGUGGAACCUAAACGCCCACCAAGGCCUGUGAACAUAUCACCUUUAGUAAAACUUAGUCCCACUGUAGCCAACCACAUUACGGUCCAAUGGGCAGCAGACUACAGUCGGCAAUAUGUUAUAGCUGUACAUCUUGUUAAGAAAUUAUCAUCUACUGAACUGCUGCAGAAGAUGAAGUCCAAAGGAGUGCGACACUCAGACUUCACACGAGGAUUAAUUAAGGAAAAGCUGAAUGAUGCUGAUGCUGAAAUUGCUACAACAUCGUUGAGAGUUUCACUAAUGUGCCCUUUGGGUAAGAUGCGCAUGACAACUCCAUGCAGAGCAUCAACAUGCAUCCAUCUUCAGUGCUUCGAUGCUUCACUUUAUCUUUUAAUGAAUGAACGGAAACCUACCUGGGUUUGUCCUGUUUGUGAUAGAGAAUGCCUCUAUGAUAAUUUGGUUAUUGAUGGAUACUUUCAAGAGGUUAUUCAAAGUGGUAAACUCCCCGGUGACAGUCAUGAAAUCCAAUUGCACCCAGAUGGUUCUUGGACCACUCUUGUCACUGUUAAGAAGGAAAAGAAAGUAGCACCUGUCGAAAAUAAAAAUGAAACUGUAGAAAUAAUUGAUGACUUAGAAAUUAUUGAUGAUGAGGCUAAACCAGCUGUGAAAGAAUCAUCGGCAUCUUCAUCAACACCCAAGAAAGCUGUUGUGGUUGAUUUGACUCUGAGUGACUCGGACGACGAUUCUCCAGCAGUUUCAGCUCAUCCAACUCAGUCUUCUAGUACUGCAUCAGUGAUCAAGAACCCAUCUGAACCUGCACCUCAAAUGUCAUCAACACCAUCUCGUCUCUAUGCAGAAGCUGUUAGUGGAAGCAAUUCUGGGGUGUCCAGCUCUGGCUACAAUUUGACGAUAACUCUGGAUGAUAGUCCGCCUCCACCUGCAAGGCCGACCCCUUCUGUCACUCCAACCAUGUCAACCUCAUCGGGUUUGUCUUCGCUGGCUUCGUCCAUGCCGUCGCUGGGUCCAUCCGCAGUGCCUUCGCCGCACGCGCUGCCUCCAGUGUACACACCAUCCAUGUCCUACAUGCCUUACUUGGAGUCUGAUACUACUAACUCUCAGGCGUCUUCCGCCUACCCUUAUAGUUACUGAGGGUUAGAAUCCCAUAUCGUCCCUUCAGACGAUCCCCAGGACAGCCGCCGUGUGCCAAAGCUAAGAAUCAAGCUGACACGUGUAAGGAAUCCUGAGGAACGGAAUGACACGUCAGAGACGCACUAAAUGUCACAAACCACAUGAAGCCAGGAUGUAGAGAAAUUUACUCUAGAGAAUGCUGCUACUAAAUUAAGAAAGGUAGUAAGACAUUGUUACCAUUGUUUACUGCUUUGCUCAUCGCCACUGAUCUGCACAUCACCUCCAUUCCUUGUGGUGCUGUAUUUGUCAAAGAGGUGAUAAAGAACCAACAAAUGGUGUCUCUGCUGUUCUGACUUGUUAUGUGUUGAAGGGACAAUAUGGGAGCGAUCCGGUUUUUACUUUUAGGUAAUUUAUUUUUCUACACUCAUUACCCCUUGUCUUUGUAGGCCACAAACCAAAGACUCAGGGAGAACCUCAGUGAAGAAUUGUGAUAGGCAGAUAUUGAGAUUGUGUUUUGAGCUUAUUAGUUCAUAUUCCUCUCAAAACUCAAUAAUACCUGGAAUAACUUUUGAAUAAUAGAAUUGGUUGUUAUUUGGUUCUGCUCUCAUUUGUUUCAGCUCGAUAAAUAUUACUGAUUGUGAACUAAGAGGUAUUGCUCACACGCUUUAAUAUCAAACCCUAUUCCCCAACCCUUUGAAUUUUCUUCGUACCCUCUGUGCUGUUUCAAAUAGAGCAGACUUGACUUAUACAAAUAAGCAGAUCUAUUUUUUCUGAAGUAUUGAUUUGUGUAGUAUUAUUGUAGCGCCUUGCCCUUGCAUAAUGUCUUGCCCUUUCAUUUAUUUGUUAGGAAGAAAAAUGGACUUAAGUUGGAAUUUUACUCGUCUCAAUAAUUGCUCUUCAAAUUCAAACUUAGCUUCUUUCUUAUUCUUAAGUUCUGAUGAUGUAUUAAUCUCAAGCCCUUGCUUCUUAUUUUGUUUAGUUUUGUCUUGUUUUCAAAAAUUGUUAUUACUCUUUUUAAUUUGUAUUUGUGUGGUGGAGUUACUGUUAUCUUACUUUAAGAAACCUUAUUUACUGAAAGAUCUUAUCAUUGUCAUAAAUAGGAUGUACAAUGAACAAACAGUAUUCCAGUUGAACUUUAGGGGAAGUGCUAGUUCUCAA